UGUGUGUAUGUGUGUGUGUGCAGGAAACAGAGAAGAUCAUGGCUGAGCUGAAUGAGACGUGGGAGGAGAAGCUGAGGAAGACCGAGUCGAUCCGACUGGAGAGGGAGUCCAUUCUGGCGGAGAUGGGAGUGUCUAUUAAAGAGGAUGGAGGAACUGUCGGAGUGUUUUCACCUAAAGGGACUCCUCACCUGGUGAACCUGAACGAGGAUCCGCUGAUGUCUGAGUGUCUGCUGUACUACAUCAAAGAGGGUGUGACCAGGUGAAUGAAUCACAACCAUCAUCAUCCGGUUCAGACUAAAUCAAAUCCAUCUUGAUCCGGUUCAGACUAAAUCAAAUCCAUCAU